CUAUGUUGACAUUUCAAAAUAAUGAUCGUGAAAUUUCAAGAAAAUAAAUUGGAAUUUUAAAAUUAUAACUUGAAAUUGCAACAUAGCAUCUUGAUAUUUCGUCUUUUCAACAUUUCAAGAUGCUGUGUUAAAAUUUCAAGAAGGAAAUUAAAAAACAAAUGGCUCUAAAAGGCUUCCGUAGGUUCAUAAUACUCGCUGGAUUUUAGCAUCGUCUUUAAAGGAUGUUAGGAUAUGUAAAGUGUGAAUAUUCUACGACAAUUUUAUACCGCGAGAUGAUUCUGUGACAGGAGAACAAGAUUGGUGUACUAUGGGAGCCCAAGAUUAUAUUUAAUACAGUAUCCAUAACCCAAAACGGAGUAUAGGUUCUCGGACGACGUUUCAAGUUCACAGAAUGCGGAGCAAAUGCAUGUGGCAACUCCCCCUUAUUGUGACGUCAGCGAUGUUUAUGACGGUAGGGGGCGCCACUGACUGGGGGGACCUGAGGCUCCCCCCGGAACACGUGCCCUACUUCUUCAGGAAUAAUCCUCACAUGAAACAACGUUGUCAGGAUGAAGAUACCUGCCCUUAUAAGUCUUCCCUGGAGGUUAGGAGAUGCUGGGGGUAUGAAGACAGGUGCCCAGUCGGGGAGAGGAUGAGUACGCCCCGGUGCACCGAGGAUGGGUCACAGAAACCAAGACGGGGAGAGCAUUCAGCAGAGGAGAAAAACACAGAGACAUUCUGGAGGCAGGCUGAUUUUGGCUACGUUAAGGAGAGGAAAACCAACCUGAGGAUCUAUUGCACGCCACAAGCACAGGGUGACUCGUCACUGGAGUGCGUGGACGGCUUGCGGUACUGCCACGCCACAAACCUCUACAUCGACCUCCGUACAGCCCACGUGAAGCAACAGGGAAAGAGCUACCGCAAGGAUGUACUGAAGAGUGGUCAGAUUGGUGGCCACUGCCGGCUGGACAGGGCGAGUCUCCUCGCCCAAAGGGACAACACUGGAUUCCUGUCGUCUUGGUAUUUUGAAAUGGAGCCUUUCACCUCACUGACUUCACGCCCACUCGAAUCCGGCAAAUGUGACGUCAUCAUCGACAAACCAACGUUCAUUAUAAAACUAGAUGCAGGUGGGAACAUGUUUCACCACUUCUGUGACUUCGUCAACCUCUACAUCAGCCAGCAUCUCAACAACUCCUUCACCACGGACGUGAACGUCUUCAUCUGGGAUACAGCUCGCGCGUAUAUGGAACUCUUUGGGGAGACAUGGAACGCCUUCACUGACCACCCGCGCCUCAUGCUGGUGGACUUGGAAGGGAAAAGAGUUUGUUUCAAAGAAGCCAUCUUCUCCUUCCUGGCCCGGAUGUCGCAUGGUCUCUUUUACGCAAUUCGUCCAGUGGAGAACUGCUACAACAGUGGCCUGAUGAGGGCGUUCUCGCAGCACAUUCUCCAUAGACUGGGGAUUCACCAACACGGCCCUCUGGCGAGGAAAUUACGUGUGACCUUCAUGUCCAGAAACACCAGGUACAGGAAGAUACGAAAUAUAGCCAAGUUGGAAUCCGCCCUUAAGAAUAACGCCGACCUUGAUGUGAAAGUAGUAGACUACAACAGAAAUAUACCGUUUCCAGAUCAAUUAAAGAUUUCUUACAACACCGACAUCUUGAUUGGCAUCCACGGCGCCGGGCUGACGCACCUGCUGUUUCUACCUGACUGGGCAGUGGUGUUUGAAAUUUACAAUUGCGAGGAUCCAAGCUGCUACCCCAAUCUUGCCCGACUCCGGGGGAUUAAAUACAUGACAUGGGAACACGCGGACAAGCUCAAGACGAUUAAUGUGGACGACGCCUACAAAGGAGGUGCCAAGGCGAAGUUUGUCGACUAUGAGUUUGACCCAUAUGAAACUCUUAGACUUGUUCGAAAGGCUGCGGAUCACGUGACUUCCCAUCAUGCAUUCGUUAAAGACGGGGAACUGAACUCUAAACAUAUUCAUAAGAACGAACUAUGAUUGUAUUACAUUACCGCAAUAUUUUAGCUUUUGUAAGAAAAUAUACAACCAAUU